GCAUGAGCAGAUACCGAUGUUACUAAUUAUUUGUCGGUCGACUUAUUUCGCACAACACCGUUACAAAGACGCAACUCCCUUCCGUCAACACAACUCGUCUCAAAAUCAGCUGAUCACCUAAAAAGAGAGGCCCACAGCCUAACUAGCCCCAUAAAACAUCCACGAAGAAGAAGAAGAAGAAGAAGAGGAAACAAACAAAAGAACAGAAAAGAGAAAUGCAGAAAGAAAAGCCCAAAGUAAGCUGAAGUGAAGAAAACAAAGGAAAGGAAAAUAGAACAGCCAGGUCAGUGGAAGCAAAGUGAACAGACAAACAGCUCAGUGCAGGGUGAAGUAUAUAAGAGUACGUAAUGAAGUAACUAAGAGUGCGUAGUGAAGCAUAGAAGUGUGAAGAAGUACCAAGGAGGACCUAAGAAGCGAUACAAAGCCGGACAGCCCAAAAGGAGAAGCUACCACCGCCCCUGCCCAGACCACCAGGCACCAGCAGCCCCCUGAAAACACUGAAGACAGACCAGCUCCCACGCCUGACACCGCCUGGCAGGACACCAGCAGGACGAGCACCGGGCACUGAGCAGGCUCUUUUAAGCUAUCAUAAACCUUCAACACCACUACCACAGGACAGUCUUUGUUAUGGAGCCUGAAUUACUUGUGCGACGUGAGUCACUGGACAGGAGUGACAGUCUGGAAGGUAAAAAUGAUACAAAGCAAAUGAGUGUGCCAUCCUUACACUUGUUAACUUCACUGAUCUACAGUCACCAAUGCAGUCUACAUCACAUAGCAACAAAGUUGAAGGAACUUUUGCAAAAUCAGGAGGUUUUGGUUGAAGGAAUGGAGAGUGAAAAUGAAAGAUUCAAGAUAGCUGGUUCUACUUUCAAUUUAUCAACAAUGUUUCAAGAAAUGUCUAUAUAUAAUCAGAAGUUGAUCCAGCUCAAGAGCGAAAUGACUUCUAUUACUGAGAGAACUUCAUGUCUGAAGAAGAGAGCAAUGCGACUUCAGCAGCAGCAGCAGCUGAAAGCACUUAACCAGGAACAGGAAAGGGCACGUCAAGCUGAGCGGGAGAAGCACCUGAUUGCUCGGCCAGUCUGGGCGACACAGCAAGAUGAUCCAUGAGUUUAAUAAGCUUAAGUUAGGUAAAGACUGGGGUGGACAAUGCACUCUCUUAUUAUGUUGAUCAAACUAUUCUGGGUAGUAUCUGAUAUUUUUAACACAUGGUAUUUUCAAGCCCUAUUAUAAUGAAUGCUUCAUAUAAACAUUAGCUGUUUAUCUCUUAAAUUGCUGAACCAGAGCAACAGGAUGGCCAUUUUUCAUUAUUGCUCUCUUUCCAUGCCUGGACCAUUUCAAAAUAUCUGUAGCUCUAUUCUUUUUGCUGGUCAUGGAAUCAGAAUCAAAUUAACUAUCAGUGUAAUCAAAAGAAACAAAGUACCAGCUCUCACCAAAUGUAUUUUGAGUUCAUUACAUAAUGCUAACAUCUGAAUGAAAAGUGGAGCAAAUGAUCUGUUGUCAUCCUGUCCUGGAGAGGGAGCAGUAAAUGGGUGUAAAAAUGGGCCCAAUUUCAUCUUGGUGCAGACUGUUUCUGUGGACUUUUGAAGAAAAUUAAAAGAAGGUGGUGAAGAAGAGUUAAAGCUCCAGUCAUUUCUUUAUACUCUCUUGCCAGAGUGAAAAUUGUGUGAUGUAUUUUUGGCAAAUUGAUUUUUCUCCAUCACUUUUUCUUUUGUGUUUGUUGAUGGAUCAAGGAAGUCAUUCUGCCAUGGUGCUGUAAUCCUAUAUAGUGUGUUCUUUAAUGAAAAGUAAGCAUAAAAUGAAUGGACUGUAGUAUGGUUCAAUGGACAUGCAUUUAACUUUUUUUCUACCCCAGGAAGUACCUAUACAUAAAAAAAUGUAUUUAAAUUAAUAUAUAUAUAUAUAUAUAUAUAUAUAUAUAUAUAUAUAUAUAUAUAUAUAUAUAUAUAUAUAUAUAUAUAUAUAUAUAUAUAUAUAUAUAUAUAUAUAUAUAUAUAUAUAUAUAUAUAUAUAUAUAUAUAUAUAUAUAUAUAUAUAACAGCUAGCUGUUAACAUUAGCAUCCACUAUCUUUUUUGGUUUAGCUGUUUAAUGUUAGUAAAGCUAACACUUGUUUAGUGGAUUAGUGGUUAGCAAAACUAAACUUUGUCAGCCAUGCCCACCACUGGUGUUUCAUGCACAAAAUACAAAUACAUGAAGAAACUUGUUUUGUGAUAUGUUGAUCUGAUGUAAGAUGUCAGCUAAUCUAAAUUAUCUUACUGUUUGUGUGUGUUAAAAAAUCCUUGUCUUAGAUAUCUUGGGAACAUACUUUCCUUUUAGAGUUGUGUCAUGUGGUCAAGACAGGCCAUAACAAAUUUGCUGUUUUUGUAUGACCAUGUUAUGUAAAAAGUAUUUAUUUACACCCUUAUCUUACCCAAGUGCCUUGUUCAGCUGGAUGUUGACAAUAAUGAAUGUCUUUCUUCUUUCUCCUCUGCCAUCCUUACCACAUUUAUGAUUCCUCUCAGGCCAAUGUCCUUCUUAAUGCUGCCCAAGUAUUGGAGUCUUUUCUAUCAUCCCCAACAAACAGUCUGUCUCUACUUCAUUCUCUUGUAUGACAUUCCCACAUAUUCCAUCUGCCUCAUCCUUAUCAUUAGCUGUCUUCUCAUUCCAGUCAUUUAUAAUGCUGCCUCUUCAUCAUUCUUGGUGUCCACAUCUUUGCUGCUUCUAUCCAGGGGUGUGGAGACUUGAGUCAGAGUCAUCAGUUUCCUGCUUUUGGCUAGUCAAGUUAGUCGGUAAAAUUAUCUCUGAAUCCGACUCCUUUAUGAUAUGUGUAAUGUUGUGUGGCUAGGCGUGGUAUGGUGUGUGGUGUGGCUAGGUUUGAUUUGUCCACUACAUUACUCCAAAAGAGGGGAAGGGGGAGGGGGAUGAAGUCGAAGUUGCAACUUUAAAAUUUCUUGGAAACGGAGUUGAAAUUUGAUAUAUCCAACUCCACACCCCUGCUUUUAUCACGCUUCUCAUAUUCUUGCAAAUCGUUCAGCUUACACAUCCAUACAUUACAGACCAUACAAAGCAUUUCAACACUGAUCUUUGUUUUCAUACCCAUUACUAAUUGGAUAAUAUACUUUUCAUUCUUAGAUAGAAUAUUCUUACUCAUAGUAAUGUGAUCUCUGAUAUCUCCAUUACACCUACAGUUUUCAAGCACCAGACUUCCUAGAUAUCUGAAACUUGCUACCUACUUGACUAUUGUUCCGUGAAUGGUGACAAGCAUUCAAUCAUGCUUUCUUUUUUGUUACUGCCAUGCACUUUGUUUAGGCCCUGUUGAUCUUCAGCCCCUUCCUUGUUCAUUCUUUAUCUAAUUUAUCCAUUGAUCUAUAAUUUUUCUUCAGAAUCUACUGUCAACAAAAUGUUGGCAUACCUGAUGUUUUUGUUCCACCAAUUGUAAUCUCAUCCAUAUCCUUCAUACCACCCAUAACCGCCUGGCUGUACAACAAAAAUAAAUCUGGCAACAGUA